AUGCCGAUUGAGGUGAAAGAUGAUAAAGGAAAUGUGAUAACAGAAUCGCUUCCGAUUUGGAAGAAGCGACGCUAUCUGCUCGUGAUGCUUGUCUUUUUUGGCUUUAUCAAUAUUUACACAUUGCGGAUUAACUUGAGUGUCGGAAUCGUUGCUAUGACUGAAAACAAAUUGAUUGUGCAUGAAAAUGGAACUGAAGAAUGGUACAAAGAAUUCGAUUGGAAUACAAAACAGCAAGGACUAGUGCUAAGUUCAUUUUUCUAUGGCUACAUAUGUACACAAUUUAUUGGAGGAAUCAUAGCUGCCAAGAUUGGUGGACAUAUUAUUUUAGGAUUAGGAAUUUUCAUCACAGCUGUUUUGACUUUGUUGUCACCAAUAGCAGCACGUACUGGAAUAGGUGCAUUUGUUGCACUUCGUGUACUUAUGGGAUUAGCUGAAGGAUUCACAUUCCCAUGUAUGCAUCAGAUUUGGUCAAAAUGGGCACCACCGCUCGAGAGAUCAAGAAUGGCUGCAAUUCAGUAUGCUGGCACUUUUAUUGGAAUGGUUAUUAGUUUGUCAACAUGUGGAAUUUUGGCAGAUACUUAUGGAUGGGAGAGUGUAUUCUAUGUUUAUGGGAUUGUUGGUUGUAUUUGGUAUGUUUUUUGGCUAGCAAUUGCCCGAGCCAGUCCAGCUAACGAUAGAUUCAUAAGUGAUGAAGAGAAAAGAUAUAUUGAGGCAUGUCUAGCACAAACCAAAAGUACCCCAACAGCUAAAAAUAUUCCAUAUAAAGAUAUUUUCACUUCUGCAGCUGUUUGGGCGAUAGCUGCAUCACAUUUUGCUGAGAAUUGGGGUGUCUACACUAUGCUGACUCAAUUACCGUUGUUCUUUAAACACAAUCUUGAGUUUGAUCUUUCCGGAAGUGGCUUCAUAGCAGCAGUUCCUUACCUUGUUCUUGGUAUCAUGCUCUUCUUAGUUGGGUAUCUUGCUGACUGGUUCCAAGAGCGAAAAAUUCUAACAACUUCUCAAGUUCGUCGAUACUUUAACUGCCUAGCUUUUGUGUCACAAACUACUUUUAUGAUGCUUGCUGCUUACCAGCAAAAUCGUGUGCUUAUUAUUGUUUUUAUAACUUUUGGAGCUUCAUUAGGUGCAUUGUCAAUUUGUGGCUACGGCGUUAAUCAUUUAGACAUAGCUCCACAAUAUGCAUCAGUAUUAAUGGGAAUCAGCAACACAGUUGCCACAAUUCCAGGAAUAAUUUCUCCACUUAUUGCAGGAUUUAUAGUCACAGAGCAAACGAAUGCUAGUCAAUGGAAGUGGAUAUUCAUACUGACAUCGUGUGUCUACUGCUGUGGAUGUCUUAUUUAUUGGUUCUUUGCAUCUGGAGAAUUACAGCCCUGGGCAAAAGAAAAGACUGAGGAAAUUGUUGAGAAAAAAAUUAAUGAAUCAAGCAGCGAGACUGAAGUUACGAGGUUUUAG